GCGACUUAUUAGCUUCUCAAGCUAAGCUAAUUAGCUGGCAGGGACGUUAUAAGCCAAUAAGCUUAUAAAUAUCCUUAUCUGAUGACUGACUGUCUUACUGUAUUGCCCAGCCUGACACUGAUUAUUGGCCAAAAGGUCACGUAUGCGGGAAAAACUUACUUACUCGGCUCGAAUGGCGACUUUAUCGUUGGGUCUCAGACCCUUAACCCAGGCGAACAAAUUACGGACUCAUGGACAACAUACUCACGAGCGUCUGACGGGGCCACGUUGGUCCUUGGAGCGAGCGGUGUCACAAGUACCCAAUUGCUCUACACGCCAAAUCCUAUAUAUUCGGCCUUUGUUAUUGGUACCGAGACGCUCCGACCUGGCUCCCAAAUCACAGUAUCGAGAACAACUUACUCACUCGCAGCGGGAGGCGGGACUGUGAUUAUUGGUGGGACAAGGACGCAAGUAAUUGGCACCAUAACACCCUCAACUUCUCUUGGGGGUCCUUUCAGUGCGUUGAGCAAGGGGCCAGCUUCAACCGGCACUCGCGAGAAGUCUUCGUCAACAAGAGAGACAAGCGUCCGGCUGUCAGCCUCGAGUCUUCUAAUCAGUCUAUUGUUCGCUCUGGAAUUUUAAUAGAAGUAGACGGGAAGGGUUUGGGGGUGGUGUUUACUAGUGUUUUUCUGUCCAAUCAGGACUCUUCGGUCUAGCGCGGAGUUUAGGGUCAGAAACGGG